GCAGCGAGUGUGAGGCUGAUAAAUCGUACCUCUUGCAUUAUACCUUUCCUUUCUGCUUUUUUUUUUUUUUUUUCUAACACAGCUUUUAUAGUUGUUUAAGAUCAGGGAAAGCACCUGCUAGUUGCUUUUUCUUCCCUUUUGCUCCCUUCUUCUGCUUCGUGCAAGAUGGAGCUAGAAAAUGAAAUGAUCAGCACCUCCAGCAAUUCUUCAGCAGGCUCCAGAGAGUACAAGGUGGUGAUGCUAGGAGCAGGGGGAGUAGGCAAAAGCGCAAUGACAAUGCAGUUCAUAAGCCAUCGGUUCCCUGACUAUCAUGAUCCAACUAUAGAGGAUGCCUAUAAAACUCAAGUCCGAAUUGAUGAUGAACCAGCCUAUUUGGACAUUCUAGACACUGCUGGACAGGCAGAAUUCACAGCCAUGAGGGACCAAUACAUGCGAGGCGGAGAAGGCUUCGUUAUCUGCUAUUCCAUCACAGAUCGCCAAUCCUUUCAAGAAGCUGCCGAGUUUAAGGAACUCAUUUAUCGUGUCCGACACACCUAUGACAUCCCCUUGGUUCUGGUGGGAAACAAAAUAGAUCUUGAAGAGUUCAGACAGGUUUCGACUGAAGAAGGAAUGAGCUUAGCCAGAGAAUACUCCUGCUCUUUUUUUGAGACUUCAGCUGCCCUCCGCUUCUACAUUGAUGAUGUCUUUCAUGGACUAGUGAGGGAAAUUCGAAGGAAAGAGUCUUUGCUGCCCAUGGUAGAGAAGAAGAUGAAGAGGAAAGACAGUCUGUGGCGGAAACUGAAGGGAUCCUUGAAGAAAAAAAGGGAAAGUACCACCUGAUGGCAAUUCCUCAUGAGCCACCCAUCAGGAGCUGACCACAGUAACACGUAACAGUUCAAAAAAGGCAGCAUUGACACAGCAUCUUCCAGACCAGGUCCUGGAGUUCCUUCCCUUCAGUCCUCAUGCAGAAGUAGCUCCUUGAAGGCCCAAUUAAUAGUUGCCCUGUGGCUCCUCUGUAUUAUAGAUAAAGUCACUUAGCAUACCCUCCCAUCCCUUCUCUGAAAAUCUGAAUGGAAAAAAUACUGUGGUUUUUUUACCUGGCCCCUGGCUGGUCUUCAAAUGUUAGGAGUUAAGCCAGCAUCCAAGGCAGAAUCAGCUUCCACCAGCUGAGUGCACUUAUUGCCUCCUCUCUAUGUACAUGGAUCAUUUCACCAUCCUAGGAAUGAGUAGCAUUGCUUUCAAUGGAUAUUUUGACUGCUUAAGGACUUUAGGAUUUGACCUUCAGCUUUGCUUUCACAUGUAGGUUUAGGGUUAGACUGUGCUCAACCUGCUUGCAUGUGUGUGUACGCAAAUGUGUCUGUGUGAACCAGGUGCAAAGGGAAUGCUGGGGGCUCCCAGUUUUGACCCUCUAGAGCACUCAUAGUGUCCUUUCCAUUUAGCAGGGAGAGUUGUCAAUCAUAGCACAAGUCACGCACCAGCUGCCCAGAGGCUGCAGGGCUACUGUUUUGUCUCCUCUGCUCAAUACUCACCAGGACUGGCUAGCAGACUGGUGUUCUACAGCCAUGCAGUGCAUUAGAAUCAUAGAAUAGUUUGGGUUGAAAAGGACCUUUAGAGCUCAUCUAGUCCUCUCCCCCUGCAAUGACCAGGGACAUCUUCAACUAGACCAGGUUGCUCAGAGCCCCAUCCAACCUGACCUGGAAUAUUUUCAAGGAUGGGGCAUCUACCACCUCUCUGGGCAACCUGGGCCAGUGUCUCAUCAUUGGCCACACUCCUGUGUCCUGCCAAGGAGCACACAAAGGCACUGUCUCUCUGAUACUUCCCAGAGCCCUCCCUAGAGCUGUGCAGCUCUGUCUCAGCACGUAAUAACAUCUGCAAUGUAACAUUCAGGCCUCAAGCUACUAGAGAAUUGCAUCAGGUCAGGCACUACCCUUCACAGUCCUUGACCAUCCAAGUGAAUAAUUUGAUUGAUCAGUUGGACAGGUCUUUUAAAUAUCCCUUUUUAAAGCUGGCAUGAAGUAAGGUAUAGUCUUCUCAACCUUUUUUUUUUUUUUCCCGAGGCUUCUUUCAUUAUUGACUUUAUUUAAAAAUUUUACAAUUAAAACAUGCAUACAUUUUGUCAAAAAAUAAAGAUUGUGAUUUCCAUGGAACCACACCA